CUCCCAGGGAAUUAGGAGGAGAGAGGGGGGCGACUGAGAGUCUCCAGGAUGGCCCGUUUGGGCUGGUGCCUGGCCGCAGUCAUCAGCUGGGGCAAGCUGUUCCUCUCCUGCUUCUUCCCCCUCAGGGCCAACAGGAGGGACAAGCCGGAAGAGUUUGAGGCCGUGCAUUCCCACACCUUCCGGGUGAAGACGUUCAAGAAGAGCAAGCACUGCGGCGUGUGCAAGCAAGCGGUCAGCAAGGAUGGCCUGGUCUGCCGAGUGUGCCGUUUAACCUGUCACAAGAAAUGUGAGGCGAAGGUUUCUGCUUCCUGUGUUCCCAGCGCUAAUUAUGAGCUGCCUCCAAGCAACGAUGUCCCACUGAAGCAUGUAGAGACCAUGGGUUCGACGAAGUCCUCCAAGAGCGUGGAGUCCAGGCGCAGGCCGUCUCGGAGCCUGAGCCUCAUUCAGGCCAUGGAGGAGAACUACGACGUGGACCUGGUCUACAUCACCGAGCGGAUCAUCUCCGUGUCCUUCCCCAGCAGCGUGGAGGAGCAGAGCUACAGCGCCAACCUCAAAGAGGUGGCCAGCAUGCUGAGGUCCAAACACGGAGACCACUACCUGCUCUUCAACCUGAGCGAGAAGAGAUACGACAUAGCCAAGCUGAACCCGAGGGUUCUGGACUUCGGCUGGCUUGACCACCACGCCCCUGCGCUGGACAAGAUCUGCAGCAUCUGCAAGGCCAUGGACACCUGGCUGAGCGCAGACUCGCGCAACGUGGUGGUGCUGCACAACAAGGGGAACCGUGGGCGAACCGGGGUGGUGGUCGCAGCGUACAUGCAUUACAGCAACAUAUCAGCCAGUGCUGACCAGGCCUUGGACAGAUUUGCCAUGAAGAGGUUUUAUGAAGACAAAGUACUUCCUGUGGGACAGCCGUCCCAGAGAAGAUAUGUACAGUACUUCAGUGGCCUGCUGUCAGGACACAUCAAGAUCAACAACAAGCCGCUGUUCCUGCACCACGUCAUCAUGCACGGGAUCCCCAACUUUGAGUCCAAAGGAGGUUGCCGCCCCUUCCUCAAGAUUUACCAGGCCAUGCAGCCCGUCUACACGUCUGGGAUCUACAACGUCCAAGGAGACAGUCAGACCAGCAUCUGCAUCACCAUCGAGCCCGGCCUGCUUCUGAAGGGAGACAUUCUGCUCAAGUGCUACCACAAGCGUUUCCACAGCCCCACCCGGGACGUGAUAUUCCGGGUGCAGUUCCACACCUGCGCCGUGCACGACCUGGGCCUGGUCUUCGGCAAGGGCGAGCUCGACGAGACCUUCAAAGACGAGAGAUUUCCAGAGUACGGGAAGGUGGAGUUCAUCUUCUCGUUUGGACCGGAGAAAAUCCACGGUAAGCCGCGCUCAGGUCGAGGCGUCUCCGUUGACUACAAGACCCAAGACCCCCUCAUUCGCUGGGACUCCUACGAGAACUUUAACCAGCGUUGUGAGGACAUCGCAGACGACGUGGUUCACACGCAGGGCCCUCUCGACGGCAGCCUCUACGCCAAAGUCCGCAAGAAGGAGUCCGUGGACGAAUCGGUCACCGCCAACGGCCUGCCCGCGGCAGAGCCUGCCCUCCCGGCCGCCGAACACACCCUACCGGCGGUGGACCACGCCCUCUCGGUCAGCAGCGACUCGGGCAACUCCACCGCCUCCAUAAAGACUGAUCGCACCGAUGAGCCGGGCCAGCACCAGCAGGCUCCGCCCCCGCAGCAGCAGGCUCCGCCCCCGCAGCCUCAGCCGGCCCCGCCCCUGAGCCCCGAGGAGAAGAAGGAGCUGGACCAGCUGCUGAGUGGACUGGAGCCUCCGGCUGGCCAGCAGGCCUACCCGGCCCCCACCUCCAGCCCCGGGGGCGGCAAGCUGCACCUGGUGCCCGCCCAGGUCCACGUUAACGGGCAGGACAGCGCCGAGCGGGAGACGGACAUCCUCGACGACGAGCUGCCCGCCAGCCAGGAGGCCAACAGCGUGGACAGCCUGGGCACCCUCUCGUCCCUGGAGGGCCGAGCCACGCCCGCCGACCUGUACUACCAGCCCGAGACAGUCAUCAACGGGCAGGACGUCCCGUACCCGGACAGGGCGGCCGACAUGCCCGUCCACCGGAUGCAGGGCUCGGCGUCGGCGCAGGAGCGCAUCGUGGACGCGGGGCCCCCGCGGGGGGGCUACGACCCGCGACAGAACGGCGCCGUGUUCCGCUCGCAGUCCUUCGGGGGGGAGGCGCCCUACAAGGCGGCCAUGCCCAGGGCCCCCGCCCGGAGCACCAGCAGCCGGGACGCGGUGCAGCGGGGCCUGAACGUCUGGCAGCAGUACGGCGUCCCCGAGGAGCCGCUGGCCGAGGGGGCCAGCUACAGCCCCGCCCCCCUGCAGCACCCGCACGGGCUGCCCGAGUUCCCCCGGGCCGCCUCCCAGACCGAGAUCCAGCAGUCCAUCGAGACCCUCAACAUGCUGAUGCUGGACCUGGACCCCGCCCACGCGCCGGUGCCCAAGUCCCACAGCGCCCCCGUCGAGCCGGGCGUGGUCACCGUCCAGCCCUCCCUGGCCCAGGCCCACGCCAGGCCCUCCUACCAGGCCGACAGCAUCAUCCACGGCUACUACGGCGAGCCCUCGCCCCCCCAGUACCAGCCAGGCCCCGUCGGGGGCUACCCCGCCGACUUCUCGCCCCCCCAGUACCAGCAGGGCCCUGUCGGGGGGUACCCCACCGAGCCCUACGACCCCUCCGCCUACCACCAGCCCGUGGCGGCUAGCGUCCCGUACCAGGCGGGCCCCGGGGUCCUGGCCUACGCCUCCGACCCCUCCCCGACUUUCGGCCAGCUGCAGCUGAGGCCCCUCAACACGUACCCGUCCGGCAUGGCCGCCGGCUCCCCCGAGCCCCAGGAGCAGCACCAGCCCGCCGUCCAGCAGCAGCACAGCUACAGCGCCUCGUCCUCCCCCCUCCCCGUGCAGACCCCGGCCAAGGAGACGGACCCCGAGGAGGAGAACCUGGGGGUGCAGGGCCUGGUGGCCCAUCGCGUGGCAGAGUACAACGCUCGCAUCCGGGGGAUGAAACAAAACUUUCUGCUGCCCCAGGCAACGCGGCACCGCUCCUUUUCCUUCUCCGGCAUGCGGUCCCAGGGGAUGACCCCGGACAGCGCGGUGGCCCCCGCCCGACGCCGGACCACCAGCGAGGGGCAGUACCAGAACGGCCACGACGGAGGAGGAGGCCCCUCCCCCGGCGGCCCCGUCCGCUCCCCCAUCCGCUGCGUCUCCCCCGAGUUCGUCAACGCCAUCGCCCUCAACCCUGGGGGGAGACCCAAGGAGGGAUCCAUGCACAGCUACAGGGAGGCGUUUGAAGACAUGGAGGCCCCGUCCAGCCCCUCACCCAGUGGUGGUGAGAUCCAUCCCCCAACCCCUGCCUUCCCCGUCUCGCCACAAACCCCUUACUUCAACAUGUGCCGGUCCCCCCCAGGCCUGGCCAAGACGCCCCUGUCAGCCCUGGGCCUGAAGCCGCACAGCCCCGCCGACAUCCUGCUGCACCAGGGAGGCCCGGAUGUAGAACCUAGCCCUAUAACCGAUGCUGAGGAAGAGCCGCGCAGCUACGUGGAGUCUGUGGCCAGGACGGCAGCCGCAGGAGGAGGAGGAGGAGGGGUCCCAAUGAUGAUGCACCCCGCCCACCAGGGUUACCCUGACGACAGCUUUGUCCGGCAGGCCGCGCCCCCCCACGCCUUCAACCCUCCCCUGUCCUCCAGCAGUCCCAUCUACAGCCCCGACGGCAGUUACCCGUCGCCCGACGUCGGCGUGAGGUUGCCCGUGCACAUGGCCGCCCACCCCGCCGGCGACCCCGCCUUCCGCUCCCAGCCCCACGACGGCAUGUACCAGGGCCCCGCCCCCUCGUACCCGAGCCCCUCCGGCGUGGCGGGCGGGUACGCGGGCCCGGACUUCGGGCCCUACCCGUCGCCGGACGGCGGCCAGGUCAGCGUGCUGGGCGUCCAUGCGGUCCCGGGGAGCCCGCACACGCUGCACCGCACGGUGGCCACCAACACGCCGCCCAGCCCCGCCCUCCAGCGCCGGAUGCUCAACCAGGCCGGCCACGCCCCGCCCGCCAACGGCGGCGAGCACCCGACGGCGGCCGGCGGCAGCCCGAUGCUGGGCCGACGGCCCUCGGGGCCCCAGAUGGCCCCGGCGAGCCCCGCCCUGGAGAGGCACGGGUCGUACGGCGGGUACGCCACCCCGGACGACCGGCACGCCUCGCUCUCCCGGCAGAGCAGCGCCUCGGGGUACCACGCCCCCUCCACGCCCUGCUUCCCCAUCUCGCCCGCCUCCUACCCGGAGGGGGCGGGGCUCCGGCAGGGCAGCCCCGCCCCCCAGCAGCCGCAGCUCCCGGAGAAGAGGCGCAUGUCCGGCGGGGAGCGGCCCAACGGCGCGCCGUCCUACGGCACGCUCAACGGCAAGCCGGCCACGCCCGUGUCCAGCGGCGGCAGCACGCCCAGCGCCGCCUUCUCCCACACCCUGCCCGACUUCUCCAAGCUCUCCAUGUGCGACGGAAGUCCGGAGACCAGGCUGAACGUGAAGUUUGUGCAGGACACCUCCCGGUUCUGGUACAAGCCGGACAUUUCCCGGGAGCAAGCCAUCGCCCUGCUGAAGGACCGGGAGCCGGGAGCCUUCGUCAUCCGCGACAGCCACUCGUUCCGCGGGGCCUACGGCCUGGCCAUGAAGGUGGCCUUCGCCCCGCCCACGGCGCAGCAGAACAAGAAAGCCAGUGACAACACCAACGAGCUGGUGAGACACUUCCUGAUCGAGACGAGCCCCAAGGGGGUAAAACUGAAGGGGUGCCCCAACGAACCCUAUUUCGGGUGUCUGUCAGCGCUGGUAUACCAGCACUCCAUCACCCCUCUGGCUCUACCGUGCAAACUGGUCAUCCCCACCAGAGACCCUCACGAGGAGACCCCAGAGAUAUCCACUCCCACAAACACUGCUAUGGAGAUGCUCAAACAAGGAGCAGUGACUGUAGGGCCGAAGUCCCCCGGUGAAUCCCAUGCCUGCAACGUCCUCUACAUAAACUCGGUGGACAUGGAGUCCCUGACCGGCCCGCAGGCCGUCGCCAAGGCGAUAUCGGAGACCCUGCAGGCCAGCCCGGCCCCCGCGGCCACCGUGGUCCACUUCAAGGUGUCGACGCAGGGCAUCACCCUGACGGACAACCAGAGGAAGCUCUUCUUCCGUCGCCACUAUCCCAUCAACACAGUCACUUUCUGUGACCUCGACCCACAGGAGAGGAAGUGGCGCAAACCGGAGGGCGGCACUGCAAAGUUUUUCGGCUUUGUUGCCCGGAAACAAGGAAGCACAACAGAUAACGUCAGCCACCUUUUCGCCGAAAUGGACCCCGACCAGCCCGCCUCGGCUAUCGUCAACUUUGUCUCCAAGGUGAUGAUGGGCUCACAGAAACGAUAGGUUUCCUCCACCCCCCCCCCACCCCCACUGCUGCCAUUUUGUUUUUCAUGAGGUUGUUUUCACUCUUUUCACGUUUGUUAAUAUUGAUUUCUGAAGAAAAAAAUUUUUUUUUGUAGCUACUCUUUUUUUUUUUCUUUUUGUUGUCAUUUUGCGAAAGGACUUGGAAUUGAUCCGAGAUGGUUAUAGAGAAAGUGCUGGGGGAGGGGGGCGUGUCAGUGAUGUUUUGGGGGGAGAGUGAUUGGAUCUCUCGCGAGGUGGCACAAUCUAAGAAGGAUAUGAUGUCGGUGAGCUUCAUGUAAAAAAAAAAAAAGAGAAAAGAAAAAUAAAAAAUAACAAAGAGGCAAAAAGAAAAAGCAAAGUUGAGUGAUAAAACAGAGACUGAAAUCUAUCAGGCUUUUGGAUUGAUUAACCAAAGAAAAGAAAGCUUUCAGGGCAUGUACAUGUAAUUAUUGGAUGGUCCAUUUGAAAUAUAGUAUUCUGUAAAAUAGAACUGUUGAAAUAGAUAAAGCUGAAAGUAUGCUUUCUAUAUAAGUAUUUCAUGUCAUUUUUCUGAAAAAAAAAAAGUUUGUAUUCAUGCCAUCUUGCAAGGAAGUAUUCAAGUACAUUUUUGCAUGUGAGCUUGUUAACUCAAUGAGAUGUGUGUACUAUAUGUAGUCAUUUCUGAAACAGGAAAAGAGUUUGCAGGGCCUAUUGCGGGUUACAAACACUUCACUUAAUGGAACUGUUUUCUCCUACACACGAUAGACCAAUCACAAAUCCUUAAAUACUUUGCGGUCCAAAUUCUGCCGUUUUUUUUCUUCUUCUUCUUCUUCUUUUUCUUAAUGGUCUCGUGUGGUGGAGAUGACCUGCCCAGGCUUGAUUAGUCAAUCCUCGAGCAUGUAGAUUUCAGAUGAAUGGGAGAUGGAUUACUCUUGCCUGUAUCCACAGAACUCUUGAUUGUACUGCGGUCACGACUGUAAUCUUGCGCCAGGCUUUGCUUCGUAUCUCGGAAAGGAGGGGGGGGGGGGGUCCGAGAUUAAAGAAAACAUGCUUCUUCAGUCCCCACACGCUGCUCCAGCUCAUAAGAAUCCACGCUUAGAUUACACUGGAGGACCCCAGGACUUUUACCGCUGGGUUAUUGCACUGUCCUGCAUGUUAGUGUACAAAGAUAACCUUCUUACCUGUGGUUAUCGUCACAACAUGAAGGAAAGGAGGUUGUGCACAAGCAAAACAUUUGUAUUUAUAAAAGCACCUGGCACCACCGUUUCUGGGAUUUGAUAUUACACCAGUACAGUGAUGCUGAAAUGGUCAAAUUGAUUCAUCUGAAAUGAUUGGAUUAAGUGUCACCUCCUUUUCUCGUUAUGUAAGUAGUGUUCUUGCACUGGGUGUGUGAUUUCUUUCAUGCCAUUAUGACAUCACAUACAGCUUCCCCGAUUACUUGUACAGCUCACAUUCUAAGAGCGUGUGAUCUCUUACAUGCUAUUGUUACAUCACAGACAGCUCCCCCGAUUACUCAUGCACCUCACAUUCUAGGACAAGGACAUUGUAAUUAUCUGACAGUCAAAAGGAGUAAAGUCUACACAGGUUUCUGUCUAGUUUUCUUUUCUUCCCCGUACCCUUGGAGAGCAAUUUGGAGGUCCUUGAUUUUUUUUUUCAAGUAAACAACUCGGAGGCGAAAAUGGCAGACUGUUUCCCCUUGUAUUCCCGUGUAGUGUAUUAUCUGACUGUAACCAACCUUUAUUCUCGAAGCCGAAUCGAUUGACCGAGCAAGCCGUUUUUAUAACCGAGAAUCACUCUCCUUGCACACCAGUUCACAAGUAUUCCUAUAGCUGCGAAAUCUGUAGAGAGAAGAGUUUCUGCCACCGUGCAUCAGAAGGUCUAUGUUAAACACUCAUCAUACCCAAAUGUAAGCUAAUAAAAAAAACAAACAAAAAAAAAUAUAUAAAUAUAUAUAUACUACUACAAAAGGUGACUUUACUAAAAUAUUUAUUUUUUUGCUAUGUCACUCUAUGUUAACUCAUAUAUACAUAUAUUGUAUAGUCUACAUAAAGAUUACCUAAAGCAUUGGAAAAAAAAUACUCUUUAUUUUGGCUAAGAUUUCAAAGUCCAAAGAUUUUGAAAAGCGUUUAAAUAUGUAAGGUGUAAAGUGUAUGUAUCUUAAAGCUUGUCACAAUGUUUUGGAUAUUUUUUCACUGCAUUACAUUUUUCUUGCAUUGUGUGUUCUUUUAGGUUGAAGUAGGUGAUACUGUAGGGGUUAAAAAUCAUGUUUUCCCAGAUUCUCUGAAAAUGGCCUUGGAUUUUUAGUCUUAAAGUAGUGCCAUAUGUAAGGUUAUUCUGGUUCAUAUUGUUAUUGGAAUAAGACAUGUUUUGGAGGAUUCCAGGUUCAGCACUUAAAUGUGUUUAUUUUUCUGUGUUGCGUUUAAAAAAAAUGCAAGUUCUACAGACUUCAUUUUAAGAGUGCAUUAUACUGUUAAACAAAACACAAUAUCGUGUAAUACAAUUUGUAAAACGGUUAAUAAAUGUGUCACUGCAUGUUAACACUGUAUGGCUUUUUUUCAAGUUCUAAACAGAUAAGAUCAGAUUAGUUAGCAGGUAAUGUAGGAAACUGGUGAAGGAACAACUUCAAUCUGGAAGUGACUUUUUUUGUCUUCCAUUAACUGUUAAAGUUAAUAUGACAUGAAUUUUGAACAACAUAUUUACUGUCUUCUUAUCUGUUUCUUGUUUGAAAAACAGGUCAUAUGUUUGAAAUGGUUAGGAAUUGAUUUAUUCGCUGUUUUUGGAGUGUGAACAUGCCCCUGAAAUAGUGCAAUACCAUGCGAAUCCUGUGCAAAGAUGUUCAUCCCAUUUGGAAAAAUCGUUAUAUACAAUCUUUGCAGAUGCUGUGUCCUUCAAAUUUCUUAUUUUAAAAUGACUUUUUUUUUCUCUGGAAAAACCAAGGAUGAAGAACAAUUGUUUUAUUUAUUCGACUUUCCAUUUCAAAAUGGAAGGUGAGAUGCUUGCUGAUGUCAUAUUUUUUGUACUUUACUGCCACCCUGAGGCAUAGUGUGGUAUUACAUAAUGCUUUGGUUGGAUUUUGUGUACACUACAUUGAAGACAACACAACGUGACUCUAAUAAAGUCCGCAUACUAAACAAACAAAAUUGUUAAGCAGGAAAAUAAUUACAAAAUAAUAUGAAAAAUAAUGGGCGUGCCCUGCUGAGUAUCUUAAACUUCUGCACUAUGUAUUCCAACACUAGUGUGCAGCUGACAGUAAAUGAUGUUGGGAUAUGAGUGAGAUGCUUUUUUAUUCUACAAAAUCAUAUGCAAAAGAGAAUCAAAUCAAUAUCAUGUGACUAUAAACGGAAUGCAAAGUAAUAACACAAUGGUAAAUAUAUGCCAUCAGAGUGUAAAUAUCUUAUUGUUUGCCAAAGAUGUUGUCAUACUUGUUUCUGAGUCAGCCGACUCAGCAUUCAGCAUAAAUUUACCCAUUCGGGUCCAUAGUGUGUUCCCUCAAGCAAUUUCUUUAAUAGGCAAAACAAUCCCUUCUUGUGUAAGGCCUCUGCGACCCCAUUAACUUUACAAAGCACUUACAUUUGUUAAGCCACAACAAUGGAAAUAAUGUGUGGUUUAUUCUACAAUAAAUCAUUUUUUACAGCUGUAGCAAGGCGUGGUUGUGCUGUAAAAUAAGUGCUCUCAAUUUGGUAGGUAUUUUUUCCACAUUAUUAAUUUUUUUGAGAGUAGGUAGUGUCUCUACAGUCGUAUAGCGAUAUCAGUUUGAAUCAGUUUUAACCAACAGUAUACGAUGUGGCCUGUACACAAAGCCGUUGCUGUAUUCUUAAUUUCUUUAAACGGUCGACCGACACUUAUCCCCAAAUAUCCAGUUCCUAAACGAGUAUUUAUUUUCACAUCGUUUUCACACAAUAGCCUUCACUUUGGAAGUGUUGUUUUUUCCCCCUUUUUUUGAAUGAGGAAACUGCUUUUUGUGUUAACCUUUCACUCUAAAAAUGAAAGAGCCCCUGUUUCUGUGUACAGAAGGGUAGUGCGUCGUCUCAUCUGUCCUGAUAAGUGCCCAUUUUGCAGGGAUAGCCCUUGACCUAGAAUGUGUGGAAGCCCUACUAUGUCUGUACAGAACGUUUGUGUAUUUUCAUUUGCUUUUCAUUGUAUGGCUUUAUUGUUUCUGAAAAAAAAACACACACAUUAAAAGCAAUACAAAUCAAUUAUAUUAAAAUAUACUGUUGCUUGAAA